CUGAAGCGCAUAGAGAGUCCAAUGGAGCCGCAGAGUACCGUGACGCCACUUGGGGAUGCAUCCUGCCCCUUCCCUACGCACAGUUCUGCAAAUCCUUGUGACAGCCUACAGUUCCAUUGCCACCCAAAUCACCGCAUCCUCCCAAUUCCAGAGGAUCUUCGCGUCUUUCUCAAUUUCGUUCCUGGAGGUUGUGAGGAGGCUUUGGAUGGUGCGAGUGGUGCCCCUGUGAACUUUUUGCUCUCAUUGAGGAAGUGAACUUCCAAGUGCUAUAUAGUGGUAUUCAAGAAGCAGGCACUUACGUUGGAAAUCAAAGUGCUGUUAAACAGUAUCCUAAGGUUCUUUAAGCAUGAUGUCAAAAUCAUUUUCUUUCUCUCCCUUGAUUUCUGGUAAAACCUACGGCGCUAUCCAGAACGUCAGUAACCAUUCAGUUCGGGAUGGUGGGCAGUUGAAAAUGUUCUCCACCUCCUUGACCUGCUCUCAACUUUAUCCCUCUACCUGCGUGCUUGCAGCCAAGCUUACCUGCAUCGGAACUCGAAGUUGCAGAUUUGUGUCCCUGCUUCAGCGACGUGGUAGCAAUUCAGCAGAUGUUAAACCUUUAAAUCAACUCGCAGCUGCUCCGUUCAGUUUGUUUGGUUUGAACCGUGUGGUGUGUUAUCAUUCUGCUUUUGACCUCGAGGAUGAGUUUGCUAAUAGGAACUCACAAGCUGUCUGGGUACGGAAGUCAGUAUUCAUCAACCUAGAUUCUACGAAUCUGAGAGCUAUAAAUGGAAUGCUCAACAUGUCUGCCACAAUGCAGGAAGGAUCUUCUCCCGAACCGAGAAGUGCACCAAAGUUUCAGCCUUUUCGACAUCGACACGCAUCAUGGUUGUUCCUUGGUCUUUGCAUAUGCUUGUCAGCCGCUGUCGGAUCCUUCGUCCCGCAAUUAUUGAUUGGUAGUUCCCCUGCUCUUGCUGAAGCUCUGGCUAAGAGACCUCCGAUUCCAACUGCUUCGAGUUCACGAUCUCAACCUACAGAGAGUGAGGAAUCGCAUGGGAAGAAAGUUCAUUUUGACUUUCAUGUCACCGGAGUUCCGGGAGAUGGAAGGUGCUUGUUCCGUGCGGUAGCCCAUGGGGCUUGCUUGAAGAGUGGGAGGCCGGCUCCCGAUGAAAGUACUCAACGUCAGAUGGCUGAUGAACUGCGUAACAGAGCUUUAGAUGAGCUUAUACGGCGUCGAGAAACAUCCGAAUGGUUUAUUGAAGGGGAUUUUGACGCGUAUGUUAGGCGUAUGCGUCUACCCCACACAUGGGGUGGUGAGCCUGAGCUUCUGAUGCUCUCCCACGUUCUACAGAUGCCCAUCACAGUCUACAUGAAGGAUAAAGGGGGUAUUAUCUCUAUUGCGGAAUAUGGCCAAGAGUAUGGUAACGAUGAUCCCGUUCGGGUCUUAUAUCAUGGCUUCGGACACUACGAAGCUCUGCAUUUAUCGGAAGACAGGCAGAGGUCAAGGCUGUAAGUGAUUUGUUAAUGUCCUUCAAAAGCUACCUAAGGAGGGCAUUAAACUAAAUAGCCUUCACUCUGAGGCGUUGUACGAAGAAUGUAUGUACACCUUUUUAUUGGCGCCAUAGCGAAGUCCUAAUCAGGCUAGAAAUCUCGUUUGCUCUUUUACAGCGAGCGCUAGCUUUAGCAGUUUCGUGUCCGACUGGUUUGUUGGUAUUUAUAAAGAACAAUGCCAGUUGGACAUAAGAUGGCAGAUUAAAGCAUGUGCUAGUUGUGCAGGUCUUAUUACUCUGCCGGCUCCUUAAGUAAGUCCCUACGAAGGAAACGAUGAUAUGGUGGUUUUGAUGACAUGUUUGAAAUACAUGGGUGCGCUUGCCAUCAUUUUAUACUAGUCCGAAAGCAGACUAAACCCUCUAUUUGAUACGAGCCCCGGUUUUUCGGAUGAAGAGUAUGACGAGAAUUUAGUUGCAUAUUUUAACUGA